UAUUUUAUGAGCUCUGUCCGUCGAUCGUCAGUUGAGUCCUUGCCGGCUGCCGGCUGCCGCCCUCUACUGAGGUUGAGACUUGAGACUUGAGAGAAGAUGGAGAGAGGCUGGUGUCUGGGAGCAGUAAUUAGUUAUUACCAUGCGAACUGAAAUCUAAGCACUUCAAGGCUAUUAAUUAAUGUUUAAUGAGGUGUGCCAUUAUCAAAAAGUGGGUUCUGCUCAUGUAAAUUCAAAAUUGAUAAUGACGAUUGGUGGAAAGUGUAAACAUUUACGAAGGAAACAAAAAAGAAACCUCGAAAUUGACAAAAUAAAAAAUAAAAAACAAGAAUCAUUGUCGCCUUCCAUAGUUUAUUAAUACUAUAAUCAAUGUAGAUUCUAAUUACAAGAUUUUUCCUUUUAAAUUUGAUUUCUUCAGCUACUCCCAUUCAAGCAAGCUAGAUGCCUGAAACAGUUAGGGUUUUCAAAUGCCUAAGUAUCUUAACAAGUUCAACAGAGGACGGGCAGUUCUACUAGGUAAAAAGUAGACGGGUGGUUCUUGAGAAGUUUUUGAGAAGAUUAAUUCUGUUCCACUUCUUUUCAUGUAGCUCGAACUCUUAGUUUCGUAGCGAGGAGUUGCAGAUCGCUCUGGUUUGGUGUAUGUUCAAGUUUCGACAAUUUGAUAUGUGUCCGAGGUUGCUGAAGCUCAUAAUAUCGAUGCUCUGGUUUACUAAUUUCGCUUAUUAUUCAGUUUUCUUGCACUCUGCUUCCUCUUUAGUUGUAAAUUUCUCUGCUUGGGGUGAAGAAUUGGUCUUCUAGGGGCUUGGUGCUUGUUCUGAUGUCAAAGCUUCAAUUGAGGUUUUAUGUACUAUGGUAGAUAGUUGUUUUGUAUCUGAUAUUGUUACUACCCUGUUAAUCAAUUUUAGAUCUCUCUGGGUUUCUUGAAUUCUUACAAUGUCCGGGAUUUCUGAUAGCCUUAGUUCGGGUUUUUUUUUUUCCUGAAUUUAAAACGGUCUACUAAUUGGGUUCUUAAUUCUAUUGUCGAAAAAAAUGGGAAUUUCCAUGGCACCAAAUGUCACUUGUUCUUGAUCAGUGGUACCAACCGUUACUUCUCUUACCAUUUUAACAUUACUUUGUCCACUGAACUAUUGCAAUGUUAUAAUUGAGGUGUCAUGUUCUUUAGCUUUAGCUUAGGCUACAUUGUCCUUUUGACACCUGCAAUACUCCUUCAGAAAUCUGAUAGAUGAUCCUUCAUCAAGUUUUGGUCUAGUUCUUAGAUUAUUAUUUCAGCUUUUUUACAUUGUGUAGGAAAUUGUAUAUUUGGCAUGCUUUCUAAGAGCCCGAAUUACUGCUGAGGUUGCGUUUGUCGACACAUUUUUCUCUUCAUUUAUCUCCAAUUAAAAAAAAUAUGGACUGUCUUUUGCAUGCUCAGAGUUGAAAUCGUUGCUUGAAUUGCUGGAGUUUGGUUUAAUUAGGUGUAUUUCUUGAUUGACUAAUGUAAAUCUGUUACCUCCCUUUUUGAUUUUUAUAUGGUCUUGACUGACUUUUGGAUCUCUUGUCAGAUCUCCAGGAUUGCAUGAGAUAGUAGAAGUCUGAACUCCCAAGCGGAUCAGUGUUCAUUGGGUAGCUAGUUCUAUUCUUAAUGUUAUGGAGUGUUCAGUUCAUUUUGAAAAGCUAUGUCAGUUCAAGCCCAGGAGAUUGCUUUUUGUCAUGGGGUCUGUAGCUAUUAUUAUCUUAUUGUUUCAGUCAUUGAUGCUUCCAUAUCGAAAUGCUCUUUUGUCUUUAUCUCCUGAUAAUAAGGUUAUAAAACUUGGAAAAAGCAUCUUUUCAAGUGGAAAUUCUCCUCCUAAAACCAUGAAUUCUGGUAAUUUUCUACUUGUGGAUGCUUUAAAUUCGACUGAAUCAUCUGUAAUUCUUGGGGUGGUCAAAAGUUCCAAUGAUUCCAAUACGAUGAAAGAGACUGAGUAUAAUGAAGAAGCUGAAGACCAGGAUGAUGAUUUUGUAUCAGAAAAGGACAGGGAUCCAGAUAAUGCAUUUGAACUAGAUGAGGAAAUAGAGUCCGAGAAUGAAAUUUUGUCUGAGGAAUUUGUAAACGAGAAUUCUACGCCGGAGGAUUUCAAGGAUGUACACAUUGGUUCUUUGGUAGACAGACCUACAGAAACAAAACACAAUCUAUCCCUGGAGCAGAUUAUUACACCAGAUAGUGGUUUUUCAUUUGAUAAAGGGCAGAAAGCAGAUACAAGUAUGACACUGGAGAAUACUAGAAGCAAGGAUGCUGGGACCACAUUCUCUCUGCUUGCAUUGUCACCUGUAGCUUCUUUAACUAACAUGACAUGUCUUAGAGGCUCGGAUGCAAAAUGUAAUGAGUCAAUUAUUUUGUUAACUUUUAACAAUAACCAACUGCCUAUAAGGAAGAAGGUGAGGUCUGAGAUGCCACCAAGAUCAGUGACUUCAAUAGCUGAGAUGAACCACUUAUUGCUCCGUAGCCGUGCAUCUCCUCGUUCAUUGAAGCCACGAUGGUCUUCAGUACGUGACAAGGAACUUUUGUCUGCAAAAUUACAGAUCCAGAAUGCUCCUGUUGUAAGGAAUGAUAGAGAGCUUUAUGCUCCUCUUUUUCGGAAUGUUUCCAUGUUUAAAAGGAGUUAUGAACUGAUGGAACAUUUGCUCAAAGUCUACGUCUACAGGGAAGGAGGAAAGCCCAUAUUUCAUCAGCCAAUCCUCAAGGGAAUAUAUGCUUCUGAGGGAUGGUUUAUGAAACUGAUGGAGGGAAACAAGCAAUUUUCUGUGAAAGAUCCAAGAAAAGCCCAUUUGUUUUACAUGCCUUUUAGUACACGAAUGCUAGAAUUUACAUUGUAUGUGCGCAAUUCACACAAUAGAACAAACCUACGCCAAUAUUUGAAAAGCUAUGCCGAAAUGAUUGCUGCAAAAUAUCCCUUCUGGAACAGAACUGGAGGAACAGAUCAUUUUCUUGUUGGUUGCCAUGACUGGGCUCCAUAUGAAACAAGGCAUCACAUGGAACGUUGCAUCAAAGCCCUCUGCAAUGCUGAUGUUACCACAGGCUUCAAAAUAGGCAGGGAUGUAUCUCUGCCAGAAACAUAUGUCCGCUCUGCAAAGAAUCCUCAAAGGGAUAUUGGUGGAAAACCUGUUUCUGAGAGAAAAAUUCUUGCCUUCUAUGCCGGGAACAUACAUGGGUAUUUACGUCCAAUCCUACUCAAGUACUGGGAGAACAGAGACCCCGACAUGAAGAUCUUAGGUCCGAUGCCUAGUGGUGUUGCAAGUAAAAUGAACUACAUUCAGCACAUGAAGAGCAGCAAGUACUGCAUAUGUCCUAGGGGUUAUGAGGUGAACAGUCCACGAGUUGUUGAGGCCAUCUUCUAUGAAUGUGUCCCUGUUAUUAUAUCUGACAACUUUGUGCCUCCCUUUUUUGAGGUUUUAGACUGGGAAGCCUUCUCAGUCAUUCUCCCAGAGAAAGAUAUUCCCAAUUUGAAGGACAUACUCCUUUCAAUAUCACACAAGAAGUAUCUUGCGAUGCAGCUGAAUGUAAAGAAGGUGCAGAGACAUUUUCUUUGGCACACUAAGCCUCUCAAGUAUGAUCUAUUUUAUAUGACUCUCCAUUCAAUCUGGUUCAAUAGAGUAUUUCAAUUAAAACUAAGAUGAGAGCUUUUUAGUAGUGACAAGAGUGACACAUCUCAGCCUUCUUUGUAAAGAAGAAAGAACCCAAAGAAGGGGAGAAUGAAGGCUAAGAGGUAUUACAGAGACAAUGUAGAGUGAAGCAGGUGGGAGGUAUCAUGUAAUUACCACUCAAUCAAUAAACCAAUCUCUCUCUCUCUCUCUCUCUC